CGCCUGUGUGCGUGAGCGAGCACCUCCACCCCGCCCCGUGCCAUCGUCCGCGUUCGCUCAUAACACUCCGUGCGUUCUUCCCACUCUGUUUGCCGAUGCGUCUGCGUCGCCGCCGCCGCCGUCUGCGUGUCCGACCGCCGCCGCCGAUCGGGGGCCAGCAGCGCUAUUACGUUCGACUCGGUCACGGCACCUCCACCGCCACCGAACCACCGCCGCCGUUACCUCACCAUCACCACCACCGCCGGCACUACUAAUACUACAGACGACUACUACUACUACUACUACUACUACUACUACUACUACUCUACCGUCCACACUGCCGUCGCCGCCGUCGCAAUCGUACAGUCAUUCGUGUGGUGUACGCGCGCGCGUAAGCGAGUGUCUCUGUGCGUUUGUUUUUCUCGUCGCGACGUCUGUGUAUGUGUGUUCGUGCGCAUACUUGUAUUUAUUUAUUUAUUUAUUUAUUUAUUUAAGCGUAUAUACGAAUAUAUAUAUAUAUAUAUAUAUAUAUAUAUAUUUAUUUAUACCGUUUUGUUAUUGUAUUAAUAAAAUAAUUUUUAUUACGUUCGACCGUGUACUGCGAGCGCGCGCGUAUACGUACUAGUGCGAACGUGUGUUUUACGCGGUAUAUUUAUAUAGUGCGUUCGUUCUCGGUGUUGGAAUAAUAAUAAUAAUAAUAAAAUUAAUAUCGUUUAUAUUAAUAUUAUUGUCUCGUUGAAAUAAUAGAAUAUUUGUUUUAUCCUGUCCUCGGUACGAUGUGUACGUAAAUACGAUUUCAUAUUGUUGAAACGUAUUCGUACCGAACGGUAUAUUGUUGUUGUUGUUCCGUCCGCACCGUUGUCGAUUUCCGAUUAAUUUUUUUUUCAAAAUUUUUCCUCGACCCCGCGUCACCGUAGUAUGCGCGCACAGUGCCGUCGCGCUUUACACGCCGACACCUCCCCAGACGAUCGUACCGGUGUCGGUGUCGCUGUCGCCGACGCGGUCGUUCUGUCGCGAUCCAUGCCGUCGUCCGCACUACCGCCGCGGCUGUCGGUGAUCAUCGCUUCCGCCGGACCGUGCGACGACGAUGCUUUCGCGCCCGCUGCCACGUUGUGAUGGGCGCCGUCGAGCAUUAGCUGCAGCAACACUCAGAGCGGUGUGCCACCGGAACCCUAACGCGUAACGAGUUCUACGUCGUGUGCGUGCAGCGGUGGUGCGCACGUUUAUGGUACACGCGAUCAUGGAGCUGCCGAGCCGCGCGGCCGAGAUGGACGAGGAACAGCACAAUAAGCAGCAGGUGAACAAUCCGCACAUCAAAAAGGUGCUGAAGACGUAUCAGCUGAGCGCGCCCAGGAGUCUGCAGGGACCGAACUCGGUGCUGGACGAGCCGACCGGCGCCGCGGUCGCGGUGUGCUCGCCCAAGGCACCGAUGACCGCAGCAGGGAACGGGGGCGCCAGCGGAACCGGUGGGGACGCGGAGCCUAACGGUUGCAAGUCCCCGGCACCGGGUCCGCCGCCUCCGCCGCCGUUGCACCCGGUGCUGUACGUGCCGGACCAGUCGGGCUGCGAGCUGUUCGAAACUGAACUGGAAUGGGAGAAGAUCGCGUGCUUCAUGGUGGGUGGCGAGAUGCGGCUGUGCUUGCCACUGAUCCUCAACACGGUGCUGCGGGACUUCACGCUCACCCAGAUCAACCAGGUGUGCGACGAGCUGCGCAUCUACUGCUCGCGGUGCACGCCCGAGCAGCUGGACAUGCUCAAGCACUGCCAGAUACUGCCGGCGACGGCACCGUCAUGCGGCCUGAUGACCAAGACGAACGCGGAGCGGCUGUGCUUCGCGCUGUUGCACCGGCACCCGCCGCCGCCGGCCCAGGUGCCCGACGACGUGGUCACGUUCUCGUUCGAGGUGUUCCACGAUGUGUUCGGCAAGACCCGGGGCGUGUGCAUGCCCGAGCUAUACACCGAGAAGUUCUCCGCGUGCAUACAGUGCGUCGAGUGCAAAGGGUUGUUCGCGCCCCAGCGAUUCGUCAACCACAUACACCGGUUCACGGGCACCAACUCGUGCCAUUGGGGCUACAAGCGCGAGAACUGGAAGGCGUACAUCAAGGUGUCACACGGGCACCCGGACUACGCGGAAGUGGUUAACCUGUUCGAGACGUUCAAAGAGCAAAUCGACGAGACAUCCACGGUGCACUUCUCCUCUCGGAAACGGAAACAGUUGAUGGACCUAGUGCCCGUCUCGUGUACGGUACGUCCGUCUAGGGCCGAGACUCCGCCGCCGUCGCUGAAAAGGACCAAGCUGGAGGACGCGCCGGCGAUGGCCACGGCCGCUUACUAUUCCGCUAUGAGCAUGACGCCGGGGCUGCCCAACUACAUGAUGGACCCAUUCCAGUAUUUCUACAGUGCGUGGGUCCCGCCGCCGGCCACCAUGUACCAUUUGAACAGUCCUCACCAUCACAUGUACAACAGGAACGACAGCUUGAUCAAAAGAGAAAGACCUCCGCGGCUCGUGGACCCACAGAAAGUCAUAUCACAUACGCAGUCCGAACAAUUCGGUAGGAGUUUUCAACCGAACGUCGCGUUGGCGCCGCCGACGAAACAUAACGGCAACGUCAGCGACGCAAACAUCCUAGGUCACCAUCACCACCAUAACAACAACAACAACAACAACAACAACAGCAGCAGCAACAACAACAAUAACAACAUGCCCAAAAUACCGAUGGUGAAAUUCAAAGACAAGGACGAUCACGGACAGGAACAAAAGGACACUAUGCAAACCCAAGAGUCCGAAAGGAGGUACAACAGUGUCGCCGCUAGUGUGAUGGAACAAGUGGCUGCGGUGUUGGACGCUUUGAGUGACGCCAAGGAGACGACACGGCAGCAAGUAAUCGGAUUAGUCGAGCGGAUUGCCCUACGACUGGAAAAAGUCGAAUCGAAAAAUCAGCAACUUGUCCGAGAAAAUGAACUGCUUAAAGACCAAUUGAACUCGAAAAGGCAUAUGAACAAAAAAGAUCCGUUGGUAGUUGAGGACUGUUCCAUGAUCAAACGGGAGGACAGAGGCAGUGGCAUUGACGAAGAGCAUUGUGGAUCUAACAGUUUUCCGUUGACGAAUAAGAGAUGUAGUCCAGUUUCUGUCAUAACUUCACCCUCUUGUCAGCCGAAAUCACCUCCACCUCAUACAUUGCAGUCUGUUACCAUGGCCGCCACUACUACUACCAUUACAGCCACCUCAGUGUUGAUCAAAUCGGAAUCCAUCGACUGACUAUCAUAAUUAUCGCUUGUUGAAUAAUUAUUAUUAUUUUAUAAUAUAAUAUUGCUACCACCGACAAUUGAUCUCUCCCCUGAAAAAAUCUAAAAGUAAAAUAAUAAUAAUAUAUAUUA